AUGUCAUUAAAAUCAGUCGUAUUAGGCGAUGAUCGAGAAGCAUCCAUCAAACAUCAGAUUGUGUCGGUACAUAAAGCGUUGAACAAAAAUGAGGUACCACUUAAGCAUAAACACGCACGACAAGUGAUAGUUGGGACGCAUAAAGAGAAAUCUUGUGCAUUAUUUUGGAGUUGUAUUUCACGGAUUCAGCUGGAAAAAAACCCAGUUAUUAGCUGGAAAUUUUGUCAUUUGCUUCACAAGUUAAUCCAGGACGGUCAUCGAAAAGUGCUAGAAGAAUCGGUUCGAUAUAAAGCCCGUAUCGAAGCGUUAGGGAACUUCUGGUAUCACCUUGAGAAUUCUGAUUACGGUCGGCCUAAUUCUUCUUAUUGUAAAAUGCUCGUCAGCCGUCUCGAAUUUCACAGCCGAAAUCAUUCUAUACCGGGGAAUCUAAGAUUGAACGCCAAUCAGGUUAGGGCAUUAGCAAAUGCCGAUGUAAACCAGUCAUUUGAACUCUCAGUUGAGAUGCUGGAUCAAAUGGAUGAUUUAUUAGCUUUGCAGGCAGCCGUUCUCAGAAAAGUGGAUAAUGUUAACUGGAGUUCUUUGAUCCCUCAAGGACAAUGCAUGUUAUCGCCAUUAAUACUUAUAAUUCUUGAUACAAGCAAAUUCUAUGAUCAUUUGGUGAAAUUGAUUUUCAAGCUACAUUCAAUUAUUGCUGAUACAUUUUCAGCUGCUAAAUUUUCAGAAUUACCCCCAGACGCAUUGCAUGGCCAUAGAAGCCGAUUCAAUUCUAUUUUUCGGCAAACAAAGGAAUUUUAUGAAACUUCAACAAAUCUGCAGUAUUUUAAAUUUCUGGUUUCAAUCCCAAAACUGCCCACAUACCCACCUAAUUUCCUUCAGGCGUCUGAACUGGAGAGUUAUCAAGCACCAAAUGCUUAUCUUCAUGGUGAUAACGUUAGCGAAGCCGAUACUCCUCCUGAUGAGCGAUCUGUAGCUGAGGAAAGUUUAGUCGAUGUUGUAGAGACUGGCUUGCAGAACAAUUCUGAUCAUAUGGAUUCAAAAGAUACGAUAAUUGAAGCUUUAAGGCGAGAUGUGGAAGAUGCACGUUAUCACAAUGAAAGGCUUAUGAAUGAGGCGCGUGCUCGUAUUGAACAGUAUGAAAAACGCUUGGUACAAGCACAACAAGAAAAUGAUCAUUACAAGCAGACACUAGAUGAAGUGAAGAGCGAAGUCGAUAGGUUACGGCAAUUGACCAUAGCGAAGGGACAGCAGACUGUCGAUGAGGCUCGGUUACUCGAAAUUGAGCAAAAAGCUCAAAGCAGUGAACUCAAUUAUCAGAAAAUGAAGAGCGCAUAUACUAGCUUACGACAGCAGCACAUUGAGGCACUCACGAAGCUUUCUGAGGCUCAAAAAGAGUUAACAUCUUGCCAGACGGAGAAGCAAAGUAGUGAAAAAACCAUUUCAAGUCUUGAAAAGAAGAUAGCGGAUUUGGAACAAGAAACAGUAAAUAAAAAAGAAAAAAUGCAAAAUGCUAGCGUAAGCCUCGAUAACCUCCAAAAAAAUAUAACUGAGCGAGAUAGUGAAGUGCAGGAACUGAAGCAGCCAGAAGUUGAUGUCUUAAAAGAAAAUCUAUCGGAAAGUCGAGAAGAAAAUUUAAGACUAGGACAGGAAAUUCGAUCCGAAGGUGCUUCUCUGGGUGAAGUGUAUGGUCAAAUCCUGAAACAGUCGUGUGAGGACCUCCAUCAUGCUUUAUCAAUCACUUAUCCCAAUCAAUUAGUUCUACCGGCUCUUCGUUUUGUUGUCGAAACUACUGAAAAAGCGAUUAAUGAAGCUGAUGGUGAACAGUCUGACAAAUUAUUUCGUACUUUAAUUUUUCUGGGACAUUAUCUUGCUGAUGUCUUAUUGAAUAGUGCUGCUGCGGCUAAUGUUGUUUCCAUUCAACAUUUUCAGAUAGUGCAAGAGCAAUGUUGUAUUGUAAUAACUGACGCUGUUGCUGCUUAUUCAGUGGUUGAAAAUCUAAAUUUGAAGUCUGCUAAAGAACCUUUUGAAAAGUUAAAGAGUUCUUUGGAGAGAUUGGAAGAAAUAUGUGUCAAUUUGCCGGCUAGUUCGAGUGAAGUGACGGCUGAAGUAAUCGGUGCUGAGCUUGAGCAAGAGAUGAAACGCAUGGAUGAAGCAAUUCAAAAAGCUGUAGAAUCAAUUGAAGAAAUGCAAAAGAAAAGUCAAGCUACUGAUUCCGGGAUACGUUUAAAAGUCAACGAAGGAAUUUUGGAUUCUUGUAACCAGUUGAUGGCAGCAAUAGUAACGUUAGUAACAAAAAGUCGAGCAUUGCAAGAAGAGAUCGUUGCUGCUGGUCAUGACACAGCUAAUCCAAAUGAAUUUUACAAACGAAAUCAUCAAUGGACUGAAGGUUUACUUUCAGCAGCUAGAGCGGUCGGAGUUGCUGCUACAGUACUUGUUCAAAAGGCGGAUGAUGUAGUUUCUUGUCAAGGCAAACUGGAAUAUUUGAUUGUUGCAUCACAAGAGAUUGCAGCGAGCACCGCGCAAUUGUUUGUAUCAUCUCGUGUAAAGGCAGAUCGUGAAUCACAACGACUGAAGGAACUUUCCACAGCAUCCUCUUCGGUGAAUGCUUGUACUGCAAAUGUUGUUGCCACAGUGAAAAAUGCUCAGAUUACCUUAAAUGAGCAGAAAGAUCUCGACUUCAGUAAUUAUACUCUACACGAUACAAAAAAAGAAGAAAUGGAAAGCCAAGUACGUAUUUUGGAGCUGGAAGACAGAUUAGUACGAGAAUGGGCACAUCUUGCGCAGUUAAGAAAGCAGCAUUAUCAACUUGCACAAAUUGUUGAAAAUGAUAGUGCUUCUGCUGAUAAAUAA